AUGGCGGCAGACAAGCCAGGCCUGGCCAAGCAGGACCUCGCCACCCUCGACGUCUCCACCCUCAACCCGCUCUCGCCCGAGGUCAUCUCGCGCCAAGCGACGAUCAACAUCGGCACCAUCGGACACGUGGCGCACGGCAAGUCCACCGUCGUCAAGUCCAUCUCUGGCACCGUCCGCUUCAAGAACGAGCUCGAGCGCAACAUCACCAUCAAGCUCGGGUACGCCAACGCCAAGAUCUACCAGUGCGUCGACCCAGAGUGCCCGCGGCCGGUGAGCUAUCUCCCCAUAUCUCCCCAUAUCUCGGCCCUAGAAGCGCCCCCGCGACCUUCUCGGAGAGGCCGUCCGGCGCGGUGUUCAGCGGUGCGGCACGUCUCCUUUGUCGACUGCCCCGGCCACGACAUCCUCAUGGCCACCAUGCUCAACGGCGGCCGACGGGCGCGCGCCGCCGUGAUGGACGCGGCGCUGCUGCUCAUCGCCGGCAACGAGCCGUGCCCGCAGCCGCAGACGUCCGAGCACCUCGCCGCGGUCGAGAUCAUGAAGCUCGAGCACAUCAUUAUCCUGCAAAACAAGAUCGACCUCGUCAAGGAGGCGAGCGAUCUCCCCGACAUCUCCCCACACCUCCCCACACCUCCCCACACCUCCCCACACCUCCCCACACCUCCCCACACCUCCCCACACCUCCCCACACCUCCCCACACCUCCCCACACCUCCCCACACCUCCCCACACCUCCCCACACCUCCCCACACCUCCCCACACCUCCCCACACCUCCCCACAUCUCCCCACACCUCCCCACAUCCGGCCAGCUAUCUCCCCCCCCCUCUCCCCCACCUCCCCCCCACCUCUCAGGUUGGGCAGGAGAUCGAGAUCCGGCCAGGCAUCAUCUCCCGCGCCUCGGGCGGGGUGCGGUGCUACGCCGUGCCGGCCGCGCGGUAUUUCUUUUCCCGCACGCGCUGUCUCUUGCUCCUAGGCAACGACCUGCAGUACGCCGUGCCGGGGGGGCUCAUCGGCGUGGGCACGCUGAUCGACCCGACGCUGACGCGCGCGGACCGGCUAGUGGGGCAGGUACGCGGCUCGGGCAAUCUCGGGCAAUCUCGGGUGUCGUACUACCUGCUCCGCCGGCUGCUCGGCGUGAAGACGGCGGAUGGGGAGAAGCAGGGCAAGGUGCAGAAGCUGGCCAAGGGCGAGAUCCUGAUGCUCAACAUCGGCUCGACGUCGACCGGCGGGAGAAUCCAGGCGGGCGCGGUCCGCGCCGACCUCGCCAAGAUCUUGCUCACGGCGCCCGUCUGCACGUCCGAGAAGGAGAAAAUCGCACUCUCGCGGCGCAUCGACAAGCACUGGCGGCUGAUUGGGUGGGGAGAGAUCAACCGCGGCGUCACCCUCGAGCCGACAAAGGCGUGA